GUAAUGAUUAAUCUGAUAGACUCUCCAGGACACGUGGACUUUUCCUCAGAAGUAUCAACUGCUGUUUGCAUUUGUGAUGGAUGCAUCAUUGUGAUAGAUGCUGUGGAAGGAGUCUGUCCACAGGUCAUGGAUUGUGAUGAGAAAAUACUUAAAUGGUUAAGGAUUAAUGCACUCACAGGAACUCUUUUUACUUCUAAAGUCCUAGAAGAAAGAGCGGAGAGAGAGACUGAAUCCCAAGUGAAUCCAAAUUCUGAACAAGGAGAGCAAGUAUAUGACUGGAACACUGGCUCGGAGGACACAGAUGAUUCUCACCUUUACUUCUCUCCAGAACAGGGAAAUGUAGUGUUUACCAGUGCAAUAGAUGGGUGGGGCUUUGGAAUUGAGCACUUCGCCAGAAUCUACAGUCAAAAAAUUGGCAUCAAAAAGGAAGUUCUUAUGAAAACCUUGUGGGGAGAUUACUAUAUAAAUAUGAAGGCUAAAAAGAUCAUGAAGGGUGAUCAGUUUGCUGAGAAUGAUGGUUUCCA